AUGAUACCUACGCUGUCAUCGAUGCUCACUGUUGAGCCCGCAACGCUGCCACUGACUACUCUCCUGAAAGCCUGGCCAUCAAACAUUGUGCCUCCACGGUUUCUCGGAAGGCCCAAACAGGACCCACCCAUCGACGUGUGGCUCGCCAAGAUUGCUGCGGCCUGCGCCGCACAGAAAGUUCCGUCCAGACUCUGGCACGAAGUUGCCCGGCACUUUAUGGGCAAAGAAGCGCUAAGAAGGAUCGAAGACGUCGAGAAAGUAAUGCGCUGCGUCUACGGUGAACAAUGGAAAUGGAAAUGGGCCACAUUCGGCGUCGCAAUGAAAAAUAUGGGUUGGGGCACUGAUUCCAAGAAGACCGAAAAAGUGAAGGUGCAAUGCAAAGCAUCCGGAAGUUGGUGGAUCAUAGGCAGGGCGGCCGAUCAAAGCACUGAAGCUAAGACAAAGGAACGUCUGCCAGAUAUGGGACUUUGGCCAAGAACAGUACAGUGGCUUGAUCCUCGUCCUAUGGCUGCUCCACAAAAGGAUAGUACGAAAGCAAGAGGCACUGUGGGGCUAGGGAAGCCCGCAAAAAAAACCGUGAAAAAUCGCUUCAAAGGUGCAGACGACCACAAGAGGGGCCAGUCUAUUCUGCCACGAUUUUUGAUCAAGUCGCAAGUCAGUACUCCGUCAACACUACCUACGACAAUCACAGUUCAGAUUCCAAUAUGGCUCCUAGCGGCGUCAGAAGCACUUUUGUCUCUCGCAUCCCAGCAAUCAAGCGCCAUGUCUGUCCUUGCUGCUAUUUUGAUCGCUGUGGGCUCCAUACCGACAUUACCAGUUGUAUCGGCAGGAGGUACAGCACACGCGCUUGGUUCCAUAGCAGUGGGGCUUGGAGCAUUAUUGAGGGAGAAAGCAUUGCUUGACGGAACACGAUAG